GUCACCGCCCAAUGAAUGCGUGCGGUGGGGAGGGCAAAAAGCAGAGGGCGUGAAGCACAAUCACGGCGCCAUCACAUUUGAGGGCAAAGAGGUUAGGGAUCCGGCAUGGCGCUCCGGUCAAUAAAAUCGAUAGCUGGAAGCCGCCUAUGUUCCAGGCAAAGGCUGUGCAGUUGCCGCGCCGCCAUUUUCCCCAAAGGCAUCUUCCGGUGCUUUUCACUCAAGUUAGGGCAGGAGUUUCCUGAAUAACAGUGAAAGGUUUCCGUUAGCCCGGCACAGGCGGGCGAUUCCGAUUCCCUCCGGGCCUCCGGGUGGUGCCACGCUCAGUCCUGGGCCGGAGGCGGCUGCUAAAUCCCGGGGUCCGCUAGCGCCCAGGGAGCCGAGCCCCGGUGGGAGACUGGUGGGGAGGGAGGGCGGGGAGGCCGUGGCGCCGGGGGCUUCUCGGGGGGCCAAUGGCGCCGCCUUUGGCUCCUCUCUCCGGGCCGGGACCAGGAGAGGCCAAGGGCGCUCGGAGAAGGGGAAGGAGGCCGAGGGCCCUCAAGUUCGCGGACGUGGCCGUGUACUUCUCCCCGGAGGAGUGGGGGUGCCUGCGGCCCGCGCAGAGGGCCCUGUACCGGGACGUGAUGCGGGAGACCUACGGCCACCUGGGCGCGCUCGGGUGCGCAGGUCCUAAACCAGCCCUCAUCUCCUGGUUGGAACGCAAUACUGAGGACUGGGAACCGGCCGCCUUAGACCCGCAGGACUACCCGAAAGGGCUAACUGGAAAGAGGGAAACCAGAGCCAGAAAGAAGGCCCGGGAGAAGGAAGAAAUCCCACCCAAGGAAGCCCCCCGAAAGGGCAAGCGAGGGCGACGGCCCAGCAAACCCCGGCUCAUCCCCAGACAGACGUCUGGGGGCCCCAUCUGCCCCGACUGUGGCUGCACUUUCCCGGAUCGACCAGCCCUGGAGAGCCACAAAUGCGCCCAGAAUCUGAAAAAGCCUUAUCCUUGCCCAGACUGUGGUCGCCGCUUCUCCUACCCAUCGCUGCUGGUCAGUCAUCGGCGGGCACACUCAGGCGAGUGCCCUUAUGUCUGUGACCAGUGCGGGAAACGUUUCUCCCAGCGCAAGAACCUGUCCCAGCACCAGGUCAUCCACACGGGUGAGAAGCCCUACCACUGCCCGGACUGCGGCCGCUGCUUCCGCCGGAGCCGCUCCCUGGCCAAUCACCGGACCACGCACACGGGCGAGAAGCCCCACCAGUGCCCGAGCUGCGGCCGCCGCUUCGCCUACCCAUCGCUGCUGGCCAUCCACCAGCGCACACAUACGGGUGAGAAGCCCUACACCUGCCUGGAAUGUAACCGCCGCUUCCGCCAGCGCACAGCCCUGGUCAUUCACCAGCGCAUCCACACCGGUGAGAAGCCGUACCCAUGCCCGGACUGCGAGCGCCGCUUCUCGUCAUCCUCACGCCUGGUCAGCCACCGGCGCGUGCAUUCUGGCGAGCGGCCGUACGCUUGCGAGCACUGUGAGGCCCGCUUCUCGCAGCGCAGCACCCUGCUCCAGCACCAACUCCUGCACACGGGCGAGAAGCCCUACCCCUGCCCGGACUGCGGACGUGCCUUCCGGCGCAGCGGCUCGCUCGCCAUCCAUCGCAGCACGCACACGGAGGAGAAGCUGCACGCCUGUGACGACUGCGGCCGCCGCUUCGCCUACCCAUCGCUGCUGGCCAGCCACCGGCGCGUGCACUCGGGCGAGAGGCCCUACGCCUGCGACCUGUGCGCCAAGCGCUUCGCACAGUGGAGCCACCUGGCGCAGCACCAGUUGCUGCACACCGGAGAAAAACCGUUUCCCUGCCUUGACUGCGGCCGGUGCUUCCGCCAGAGGUGGUCCCUGGCCGUGCAUAAAUGCAGCACCAAGGUCCCGGUCUGUAGCCCAAGAUCUGCCCUAGGCGGGCAUGGCCAAAGGGACAAUGCCCUGUAGCUGAGGGUGGGGGCACAGAGGGGACCGACUGCCCCGGGUGUGUUUCCCCGUGAGGCCCAGUACCGGCGGAAGAACCCUAGCCGAGGCACAAGGAGAAGCCCGUUUCCUGUUCCACAAAUGGGAACUUGGGCUCAUCCCGCUGCCCCGGCUGCCUUACUGGGUGUGUUCGGAAGAGGCCCAUUAGGAGAAGCGAGAUCAUGUGCCUGAAGGUCUCCCAGCUGCCCGAUCCUAUAGAGGCUUAUGCGUAUGGGCAUCAUUGCCCCUGGAUCCCAGAGGCUGCCUGCUUUUGUAGCCCAU